AUGUCCCGGGCCUCGAAACUUACCCUCGCGGCGACGUCGCUCUUUGCUGCUAGCACCAUCGUCAUCGUCCACUUUCAGCAAAAAUUCGAGAAAGAGGCACUAUCCUUACAGGCCAUGCACCAAGGUGUUGUUCGCGACAUUGAGCAGCAGCGCAUUAAGCGAGAGCGCCAACUCGACUUCGAUAUGCAGCGCGCUCUCGAAGAAGAGUACAAACGAGAGCAGACGGUCCGAGAUGCGACUGCGGCCAUACCACCCGACCACAACGGCCGGUAG